AAUUAGUUUAUUUAGUAUCUAGACUUCCUUGAAGUGUCAUACCUGUAUUCUUUAUUGUUGCCUAUAAUAACAAAUUGAAAACAUUAUAUUAUUAUAGUGAAAAAAUUAUCCAAAGGUUUCAGAUAAAUAUUCGUGUACGGCAAAAACAAUUGUAUUAGUUUAGACGUUAAAGAUGUUUACAGUCAUCAUAUGCAUAUUGGUAGUUUCCAAAAUUACUACAGCACAAAUACCUUCAGUUGGUUCUUGUCCUAAUGUUGAAACUGUUCAGCAUUUUGAUGUAGCAAGGUACCUUGGAAAAUGGUUUGAGAUGGAACGAUACUUUGCUAUAUUUGAACUUGGAGGUAAAUGUGUAACCGCUGAGUAUUCACUUCAUGACAAUGGUACUGUUCAUGUGAGGAACCAACAACUACAAUUUUAUACAGAAGCCCAAACUACCAUUGAUGGAACCGCUCGUCUAGCAUCAAAUACUGGAGAAGCAAAAUUACUAGUCACUUUUCCGUCAUUACCUGUUGCAUUUGAUGCCCCUUACUGGGUUGUUGAAACGGAUUAUGAUAGCUACUCAGUUGUUUGGUCAUGUGUAGAUUUGAGUAUCCUAAAUUUUCAAAAUGCUUGGAUUUUGACAAGAGAAAGAGUCCCUUCAACUGCAACAAUGGAAAAAGCCUACAUGGCUCUGAAAAAGCAAAAUAUUUCAAGAACAUAUUUUCUAAAAACAAAUCAAGCAAAUUGUCCCCACACUUAAUAAUUAAUUCAGCUUGAAGAAAUUAUAUGUAUAUACGUGUCUGGGAGUACUUUAAUAAAUUUUUAUGGAUAUGUUUUUUGCAUA